CCCUAAUUUAUUCAACUACGAAUGGAUAUAUAUACAUAUACCUAUAAAAAUAGUUUUAUAAAUUUAACAAUUUCUUUCAUACAUUUAAACCUAGAAAAAAGAGUUAUAUGCAAACUAAAGAUGGUGCUAAUAAAAAUUUUCUUUAUUAUAUUUUUAUUUAAAUCAGUAGUAAUAGCUAAACAUAAGAAUCGAGAUAGUUCGACUGACCCCGUAGUUACAUUGGAAGAUGGAAUAUUACUGGGCAAAAAUGAAAAAAUUCCUUCAAAUAAAACUUACUAUUCAUUUGAGGGUAUUCCUUUUGCUAAACCGCCAUUGGGACAACUAAGAUUUGAGCCACCUCAACCUAAUGAAAAAUGGAAUGGAACCCUUUUGGCAAAAACAAAUAAAAGUAGCUGUAUACAAUUUAAUGGCGAUGGAUCUGAGGAUUGUUUAUAUCUAAACGUAUAUACGCCUAAUCUAACUCAAAACUUGCCUGUUAUGGUUUGGAUAUAUGGUGGAGCGUUUAUUAACGGUGAUGGUUCAAAAGAACAGCAAAAUCCUGAGAAUAUAUUAGAAGAAGAUGUUGUUGUUGUUCAUAUAAAUUAUCGUCUGGGAAUUUUCGGGUUUUUAAGCACCAAUGAUAUGGCUGCCCCCGGUAAUACUGGUUUAAAGGAUCAAGUAUUAGCUUUGGAAUGGGUGCAGAAAAAUAUUGCACACUUUGGUGGAAAUCCCAAAAAUGUAACAAUUUUCGGAGAAAGUGCCGGGGCUGCUUCAGUAUCCUAUUUGGUACAGAGUAAUUUAACUAAGGGGUUAUUUCAUCGAGCUAUUAUACAAAGUGGGUCAUCUUUAUGUCUUUGGAGUUUAAGUAGAUAUGCAAGAAAAUUAGCAUUUGAUGUUGGGGAAAAUCUUAAUAUAUAUACUUCUAAUUCAUCAAAAUUGGUGGAUGAAUUAAAAAAAGUUAAAGCAUCUGAUCUUCAUUCUGAAACAAAGUUAAUUUAUAGUUUGAAUAUUGCCACAAUAAACAUACGAAAUGGAUUACCAAUUGGACCGGUUAUGGAACCUGAUCACAAAGGGGCUGUUUUUUCUAACAAAAGUUAUGAGCUGCUUUCCAAGGGUAUUUUUAAUCGUGUCCCCUUAAUAAUUGGACAUACUUCGCAAGAAGCCCUUGCAGCUGGAGAUCUUCCAUUUCUUGUUAAAUUCUUGCUUGGGCAUUUUACUUCAAAUAGAGAAAACUUUACACCAAUCGAUAUGAACAUAAAAAACCCAAUUGAAUCUUUAUAUGUUGGGUUAAAAAUUAAAUACCAUUAUUUUGGAUUUAAUUUAGUAUCGCGGGAUUCCCGUGGUCUUACUCAGUUCCUUAGUGAUGACCAAUUUAACCGACCCAUAUCGAAAACUGUGGGACUCCAAUCUCAGUAUGUUCCAGUUUAUUACUACGUAUUUUCUUACGUGGGAAAAUCGGGACAAGUUAAAAAUAAAAAACUAACAGGUGUUGGCCAUGCUGGAGAACUACAAUAUAUUUUUACACCAAAAUAUGGGAAUAUGUCACAAUCCGAUAUGUUAACGAUAAAACGAACAGUCAAACUAUGGACAAACUUUGCUAAAUAUGGGAAUCCCACACCGAGUAAAGAUGCUUUAUUUGAUAAUGAAAUUUGGAUUCCAAAUUUUAAAAAUAGCUCUGGAAAUCUUAAUUAUUAUAAUAUUAACCAAACUUUAUCCAAUGGGAUUAAUCCCAAUGAAGCAAACAUACAAUUUUUUCAAAAUCUAUAUAAUAAAUAUGGCAACCCUCCUUAUGAUACUUAUUAAUUUUUACAAUAUUAAAAUAUUUAUAUAAUAAA